AUGGACCCAAAACGCCUCGACCAAUGGGAUGCCGUCCAGCAACACAAGUUCAUUGUCACCGUCUCGGGUGGCAACAGCGAUCGCAGACGCACCACCACCCUCAUCCGUAACCUCAUCGCAGAGGCCACAAACGCCCGCGGCCACCAUAUCAUGAUCUCGGAACCCUCGGUUGCCCAGAGUGGCCCUGACCCCACCUGCUGGCUUGUAGCGGGACUUCCGGUUGAAGUCGGCGAGCACCUGGUGGAGGGGCGAAUCAUCUCCUCCCCUGCCAUCACCCUCCUGAUCCACGCGUAUGCGCCGCCCAUCUCCGGCUACAUUGGAGCCUUCACUGGGUUCAAUGUUGAGUGCACGCAGGAAGGAGCUGAGACUAUUCGGAGGAUCAUUGGCGACACCAUUCUCAAAUCCCCGUCCACUGUCCAGCUAAUCCUUGACAACCGCGACGCCUUUAGCGAGCUCGACACAAACUCUGAGGUGCUGGAGCGCUUCACCGCUACCCUCCAUGUGCAGCCAAUGGAGAUCCGGACCGCGGGCAACCAAGAUAUCCUGCUCUGGAACCUCUUCGCAAACCCCCCAACCUGCUACAUCGAAAGCUGGCGGAAGAUUGCAAAAGACGUCCGGCGGCUGGUCUUUGGGAGCAUCUGGGAUGGCCAGGCCUACCUGUACACCACGGGCGUUAACGAGAAGAAGAAGAAGGAGCAGGAUGGGAAGAAGGGCAAGAGCCAGGACCGGAAGGGCAAGGGGAAGCGCCGCCAUGAUGGCUAUGACCACUACUAG